GCAGGCCAUUUCCACCGAGGAAAAAGAAUCAUAACGUAUGUCCACUAUUCAGAACCUCCACUCUUUCGACCUCUUUGCUGAUGCAAGUAAGGGUGAUGACCUGCUUCCUGCUGGCACUGAGGAUUAUAUUCAUGUAAGAAUUCAACAGAGAAAUGGCAGGAAGACCCUUACAACUGUCCAAGGGAUCGCUGAUGAUUACUAUAAAAAGAAGCUAGUGAAGGCGUUUAAGAAGAAAUGUGCCUGCAAUGGUACUGUAAUUGAGCAUCCAGAGUAUGGAGAAGUAAUUCAGCAACAGGGUGACCAGCUCAAGAACAUAUGCCAGUUCCUGAUAGAGACUGGACUGGCUAAGGACGAUCAGCUGAAGGUUCGUGGGUUUUAAGUGCUUGUGGCUCUCUGAAGUUUAAGUGAGGAUUUCCUUGCAAUGAGUAGAAUUUCCCUUCUGUCCCUUGUCACAAGUUUAAAAACCUCACAGCUUGUAUAAUGUAAUCAUUUGGGGUCCACUUUUAACUUGGACUAAUAUAACACCUUCAUGCAAUAAACAGAAA